GACUGAACUCAGUAUUGACUCGAACUACUAAAAUAGAUAUACUUCUACCAGCAAUAAUGAUACUAAUAUAAGAAGAAUAAUUAGUUUUUAUUUCUAUAUAAAGUGUGUUUAUGGCGGUUCUGCUUUUCUUCAUCGCUUUUCUCCAUCUCUCCUCAGCAGAGCCACAUGUUCUGCAGUAUCUCAACACUGCAAUCACACCAGGACCAUGUUUCCCAGAGUUCACUGCUAUCAGUCUGUUUGAUGGAGACCAGUUUGUGUACUAUGACAGCAAGAUCAGGAAGAUGAUCCCAAAGACAAAUUGGAUCCAGAAGAUCAGUGCAGAUGAUCCACAUUACUGGGAGAGAGAGACUCAGAAACAUCUGCAUGAUCAGGAAACCUUAAACGUUUAUCUGAGUGAUGUGAUGAAGGACUCUAAACAGACUGAAGGAAUUCAUACACUACAGAGGAUGUACGGCUGUGAGAUUGAUGUUGACGGCACCACUAGAGGAUACGAUCAGUACGGCUAUGAUGGAGAAGAUUUCUUCAGUCUGGAUCUGAACACUGGAAGCUGGACUGCAGUUAAUGAUGAAGUUGAGAUCUUUAUAAACAGAUGGGAUCCUAUAAGAUCUAAGGCUAAAUACUGGAAGAACUUUCUGGAGACUGAGUGUAUCAACUGCAUAAAGAAGUUUGUGUCUUACAGCAGAGAGACUCUGGAGAGGAAAAUUCCUCCUGCAGCAUCUGUGUUCCAGAAAAACUCGUCUUCUCCAGAGGUGGUGUGUCAUGCUACAGGUUUCUUCCCCAAAGCACUGAAUAUUAAAUGGAAGAAGGACGGAGAGGACGUGUAUGAAGACGUGGAGCUCAGAGAGACGUUAACCAACCAGGAUGGAAGCUUCCAGAAGAGGAGCAUUCUGAAAGUCUCAGCUAAGGAGCUGCAGAAACACACCUACACCUGUGUGAUUGAGCACAGCAGCUUGGAGAAGGAGAUGGUGCUCGAAGUACCAGAAGAUGGAGGAUCAGAUGGAGGAUCAGAUGGAGGUUCAGGUGGAGGAUCAGAUGGAGGAUCAGAUGGAGGAUCAGAUGGAGGACAGAUUGGUAUUAUUGUUGGUGUGGUUGUGUCUCUCGUUGUUCUUGUUGCUGUUGUUGCUGGAAUUGUGGUCUGGAAGAAGAAAAACUCUGAUGAAAGGAGAAAAAGAGACGGGAUUCAGACUUGUUCUAUCCAGUGCCUCCUCUGAAGGAGGUUCCUUUUCCAUUAACUCCUAAAGUGUGAGAGUGUGUGUUCCUGCUGCAGUGAGAGAAAACUUCAACCUGCAGUCAGAAGAUAAUCCAUAAUACAACAGUGGAACUGAGGAGAUAUGAAUAGCAGGAUAUGGAUCAGAUGGGUGAUGAUGUCACUGCACACAGCCUGAGAUCAUCAACAUCCUCCUAAUCAAUUCUAAUGA